UUCUCAAGAUAAUGAAAUUGAAAUAACAUAUCCUUCCGAAUAUUCUGAAUUUUCAUUGAACGGUAUAGAAUUAAAUAUUGCACUUGAUGAAAAAUUAUUUGAACGUGUAAGCAAAAUUUGUCCAACACCUCAUGGAAUGUGUGAAGAAUGCCAGGAGCCAAAUACAGACAACUCAUG